AUGGAUCACCGAAGCUUCCUACAAGCGAGCACACUGAGCCAAAAGAACAUAUCUAUCUUGCUCGUCGACCACACAGAAAAUCCCGCACUGGGUGUUCGAACUGUAAGCGGCAAAGACUUAAGGUGUUUCAAGAAAGACAUCGUAUGUGAAUACAAAUUUGAGAAUGGUUCCUUUCGUCAGGCUACGCAUGUUGUGAGGCAAUUCAUUAACGAUCGCCCUGAACUGGUGUCACCGGAUUCAUCAGCGUAUUCGAUGUUCCUCUUGUUGAUUGCCAAUAAAUUGGACGAAUUACUGUGCCCACCCACGGCUCAGAGCGUCAAAAGGACAAAACAACUGCCACCCUCGUCUGCAAAUCGCAAUCUGGUAGCUCUUCGGUAUUUUUGUCACGCAACAGAAGCGAAAUCAAACGCGGAUUCGGAUAUGCGUGCAAUGAUGAGUAAGCUCACAGAACUCGCAUUUGAGUGUCCAUACCUAAUGCAUGCUGUCAUAGGUGCAGCCACUACUCAUCUCUGCCGAGUAGUCCCGAAUAACAGUUCAUACCGUGUUGCGGAGGCCUACCACUGGCAGAAGAGUAUUGAAUUGUACUCUAAGGACUUGGAAAUUGUUGCUGAACAUAAUAUGGACAAACUCUACUCUACCUGUUUCAUCCUCACAAUUAGGUCUUUCAUGCAAGAAUCCUUCAACCCACGUGAAUCUUUCAUUUUCUCCAAAGAUCCAGUGAAACUUAACUGGCUUUUGGUUCAAGGGGGUCUGCGCCAUCUUCUCGAACGCACUUCACAUUGGCUGCCGCAAAGUUUAUGGUAUACAACAUUCAUGAACGCGCGAGACCCAUGGAUUAAGUACGAUGACGACCGGCCCGGCCGUGUUGACUUAAAUCCUGAUCUAGCCGACCUUUGCGGAAUCGAAAGUACCACGACCCUCGAAAGCAACCCUUAUUUGUGGCCAUUGCGGCUAUUGUCCAAUCUUCUCCCAUUAGAGCGCGGUACUAAUAACUUUCGUCAGUACUGCAAUUUCAUGACUCGACUUAAUCUCGGGUUUCUGGAGCGUCUGCUGGAAAAAGACCCCCCAGCUUUGAUAAUCCUUGCCUGGUGGUUGGCACUCAUGGAUUCCGCAGAUGUGUGGUGGGUUGAAACGCGCGUGCGGUCGGAAUGUAUAGCCAUUUGCAUGUGGCUGGAGGAAAGCAAUAAUUCGUUGGUGCUUCGACUACUGGAGUUUCCUGCCAGACAAUGCGGGUAUUCCUUGCGCCAUGUCAACCUAAUAGGUGCAUAA